ACCCUCACAUUACGUAACUCAACACGCACAGGACGGCGCACAAACAAUGUGAUUUUAUUUUUCUUCGAUUUUUCUACUCUUUUUAAUUAUACAAUUUUUAGGAUUAGAAUCGUGAUAUUAUUUUAGGUGUCGCGCGACUUUUAUUAUUUCGCACUCUUUUUAGAUGUGUAGAGUAGGGAAUAAUGUCGAUAUUUAUUCGUAGCUACAGUGAUAUUUCGGUGAAUAACUUUUAUAAACUUAUUUUAAAAUGGCCCAUAAUGUGAUAAACGAGACUUAAUUCGACAUAAUGGUGAAUUAAACGGAUUUAUAUAUUAUCAGUGAGCAGAUACUGUGAAAAUCGAUCGAUCGGUUUUGUAAAUUUUUAAACAUUUUUAUAAGAAAGAAUUUUUAUUUUGAAAUGUUAGGAACAAUAUAUUUAUUAAUACAAAAUAAACGAAAAGCAAUAUGAAAAUUUGAUAAAAAUUUUCACGGAUUUGUAUUUUGCUUGCUCUCUUUGUAUUGGAAGAAGCCUAUAUUUUCUACGAAAAUGACGAUGGAACGGGACCGCGGUGAGCGGGAUUACAUUGGGUUUGCUACACUGCCUGAGCAAGUACACCGGAAGUCAGUUAAGCGAGGGUUCGAUUUCACGCUGAUGGUGGUGGGAGAAUCUGGUCUCGGCAAAUCGACGCUCAUCAACAGUCUCUUUUUAGGGGAUCUCUACAAGAAUCGCAAAAUGUCUGACGUACAAGAUAGAAUAGAAAAGACCACAACAAUUGAAAAGAAAACUAUGGAAAUAGAAGAGCGUGGAGUGAAACUUCGUUUAACUAUAGUGGAUACACCUGGAUUUGGAGAUGCUAUUAACUGUGAGGACUCGUGGAGAGUUUGCUCGGCCUACAUUGAUGAACAGUUCCGACAAUAUUUCACUGACGAAAGCGGAUUAAACCGGCGACACAUGCAGGACAACCGUGUACAUUGUUGUUUGUAUUUUGUACCGCCCUGGGCACACAGUAUACGACAAGUGGAUCUGGAGAUGAUGAAGCGACUGCAUCGGAAAGUGAACAUCGUUGUGGUAAUUGCAAAGGCAGACUCACUUACUGCCGGCGAAAUCAAGAGGCUUAAAACGCGCAUACUUACUGAUCUGGAGGACUAUCAGAUACAGGUGUACCAAUUUCCCGAAUGUGAUAGUGACGAAGAUGAGGAAUUCAAACAACAAGACCGCGAGUUGAAAGCUGCAGCGCCCUUCGCAGUGGUAGCGGCUGACACGGUACUGGAGGUGGGCGGGAAGAGAGUCCGGGGGCGCCAGUACCCUUGGGGGAUCGUGGACGUUGAGAAUCCACGUCACUCAGAUUUCACAAAAUUGCGAACAAUGUUGAUAUCGACGCACAUGCAAGACCUGAAAGAUGUCACUCAAGAUGUGCACUACGAGAAUUUCCGCGCGCAGUGUAUCUCGCAGAUAUCUCAACACGCAAUGAGGGAAAGAGGAAAACUGAAAAGGGAUUCAAUGGGCAACAACAACGAAGUAGUUUUUACUGACACCGACCGAUUGCUGCUGCAGAAGGAUGAAGAGAUCCGACGCAUGCAGAAUAUGUUAACACAAAUGCAAGAGAAACUCAAAGCUUCCGACAAAAAACAUGACAGUAUUAUCGAUGUAUAAAAUAUUUAGACUGCAUUGUAACUAUACCAUAGCAUUACACUACUCACUUUAGAUAAGUACCUACCUAUACUAUAAAUAAACUAUAUAAAUGCUAAACCUCUUUAGAAAAAUUUGAUGAAUUUAGAUUUUUGAUACUCACGUUUUAGUUUGUUAUCAAAAUAAGAAACGGUUAAAAGAUAGUAAUAGACGCUAUACCCAUAUAAUUGUAAUCUGGUAAUUAGCACUUGUUUAAUUUUAUUUCAAAUUAGAAUAAAGAAAACUAUUAUAGACUUUACAGAAUUUGAAGUGAUAUACUAUGGCUGAUAUACUGCGCCGACCCCAAAUAAUGGGAUAAAGGCAAGGCAAUGAUGAUACUAUGGCACAUACACAAGGCAUCAAGACAUAAAUAUAAUUAUGUCUUCUCUAACGUCCAUCCGACCAGCAUUGGAAUUUUGGAUUGAGAAGCUGUUCAUAAAUAAGUAGUGUUCGUAGCAUAUAGGGUAGUAUGAAAUUUAAGUUGGUUGUCUGUUGAAAUUUGCAUAGGUAUUGAGUCUUGCUAUAUAGGUAUCUAUAUAUGAAUUAAAUACAUAGGUAUAUAUAAUAACAUGGAUAUGAUAAACUAAUCAAUACUACUAUAAAUACUAUUGUCAAUAAUUUUACUUCUGAAAUUCGAAAAUAAAUAUGUACUUGUUUAUAUAAAAAGUUUAUAUUGUGAUGCAGUACCUAUACUUUAUCGAAGUCGAAUUCCUUAAAAAAAUCUAAACAAUGUAGGUACCUACAUGUCGAAACGAUUUACCUUUCAUAUUAGUACCUGACUAGGUACUUAUAUGAGAUUUUAUACCAUCUAAUUUAUAUUUAUAAAUAAAUAGGAAAAUAUUAAAAACCCCUGUUGCUCAUGGAUUGUUUCAUGCAAUUAUUAUUGUGAUAUAGAUUAUGUCCAUACAUUAGGUGUCGAAUAUAUGUAUCUAUACCCAUUAUUAACUGCCGAUUAUGAUUCACAAAGUAAAAGUAAAGUAUGAGUAGAGUUUUAAGCAAACAACGAUU